CCGCCUUACGUCACGGUCAGCUGUUCAAUGAGGAAGUAAACAACGUUGAAGUGAGCGACAGUGACAGACAACACGACGGCGAAAGGUGCCUGCUUUAGCCACAGACCGGCUGUCCAGAUGAUGUCUCUGAUUUGUACCUUACAAGACCAUCGAGACGAUGUCAACUGGUGUGCCUUCUCUGGCAAACUCUUAGCCACAUGCUCCGGGGACAAAACUCUCAGGGUGUACAACACCCGUGAUUUCUCCGAGUUGCCUUUCUCACCGCUGUCGGGACAUGGCUACAGCGUCCACUGCUGCUGCUUCAGCACCUGCGGACAGUUCCUCGCCUCAUGUUCGACCGACGCAACCACGUUGGUCUGGUCCAUGGUAACGGGUGAGAUCGAGGCCAUCCUGGAGCAUCCUGGCCGCAGUCCUGUGAGGAUCUGCGCGCUCUCUCCUGACUCUCUGCACCUGGUUUCUGGUGGGUCUGAUGGCACUUUGGCACUGUGGGAUUUCCCCUCCAAACAGCUGCGCAGGACCGGAGCAGUGAAUGACACAACAAUGGUAGCCUGCUCCUUCAGCCCUUGCAGUCAGGUAUUCAUGACCGGCUCCUCCUAUGGAGACCUGCGUCUGUGGGACCUGGACAUGAACCAGCUCCAUGCAGAGAAAAACGCCCACGACCUGGGGGUCACCUGCUGCACCUUCGCUCCCAACAUCCUCAGUGGCGGUCAAGUCGUGCAGUUUCGUUUGGCGUCCUGUGGGCAGGACAGUCACCUAAAGAUCUGGGAAAUUAACAAGUUCAGCUCUAGAGCCUAUAAGAUGCAGCUCCUGCACACGUUAACCGGCCAGUCGGCUCCAGUGCUCUCUUGUGUUUACUCCUCAGAUGGACAGCUGCUUGUGUCUGGCUCUGUGGACAAAACCGUUACAGUGUAUGAUGCUAAAAAUGCAGUUUUGCUUUACACGCUGAACAAACACGAGAGGUAUGUGACGGCCUGUUCCUUCUCUCCGACUUCACCGCUGAUCGCUACAGGAUCUAUGGAUAAGACUGUAAACAUCUGGAGGCUGGAGGAUGGAUGCAGCAGCUGUGGCGGGAAGUCGUUGCCUGAGAAGUCUGCUCUGACAGCAAGUGAUGGUAGGAAGGAAGAAAAUAUACCCUACGGGAGAACCUCAGCGGGCCGGUCGAAGCUGCUGGUCAGCGAUUGGUCGGAAGAGGAUGUGUCAGCGUGGCUGGUGGAGGAAGGCCUCGAGGGAUUGGUGGAGAAAUUCGCAGCCAACAACAUAGACGGGACAGAGCUGCUCAAUCUCACCAAGGAAACACUGGCGUCAGAGCUGCACAUAGAGUCAGUUGGCCUGCGCAGUAAACUCGUGAGGAAGGUGGAGGAGCUGAAGAGUGAUUCAGUGUGUUCAGGCAUUCCUGAUGAGUUCCUUUGUCCAAUCACCAGAGAGCUGAUGAGGGAACCAGUCAUUGCUGCUGAUGGAUACUCCUAUGAAAGAGAGGCCAUCAAGAGUUGGAUCAACACCAAGAACCGCUCCAGUCCCAUGACCAACCUCCCCUUGCUGACCACACUGCUCACCCCUAACCACACCCUGAAGAUGGCUAUUGGACGCUGGAAGACCAGCCACUAGCAUCAGAAAGACCACAGUGGCCCCAAAUAUUUUCUCUGAAGUAGAGUACAGUGCACACAGGGAUACCACAGCAUGUCAGGUACAGGCCUGUCUGGUUUUCUUCCAUUUGAAACAUCGCACUUCAGGAGGUGUCAUUUGUGAAGCUGACUUUUUUUUGAUCGCUGGGGAGCACAAAGAAAAAAAAUUGUAGCAAGAGGUCUAACUGUACUUUAAGCUUUUUAAGUUGCCUGAUCAAGUAGACGCAGAGCAAUAUGGCCAACCUGGGGGGGGGGG